AUGCACGCGACCAACGGUUCCAGGGCCAAGAAGAGCCUUGCGCCAUCGAAGAAGGCCAGGAGAACUUCAACUUCUGAAGUAUUCCAGCCCAAGUUGAGCAUAAUGUCUUAUGCUAGAAUUCCCGAGACCCCGUCAUCUUCCGCCUAUCCUACAGAAGACGAGGACGAUUCUAUACAAACGAAGAACCGUCCGACUUUUCCUUUCCUCAGCCUACCCUCCGAACUUCGAAAUAAAAUAUACCCCCUCGUGUUCGCGGCGGCGCCACCAGUUAUCGAUCUUGAUCCUCAUACCUUCGCCACCCUUCACCGGUAUAAGGUCCUUGCGCUCUUCAGAGUGUCGCGGCAGGUUCAUCGUGAAGCCAUACAUUAUUUUUUCAGUACACAUACCUUUCGUAUAUUCCCGACAUUUCCCGGACACUAUUUCAAAACUAAAAGGCCUCUUUUGGCCCGCCUUCCUGCGCACUACCGAGCCUCGAUCACAUCCCUAGAGUUGCGCCUUGGUCCUGGCUGGAAUGACCCGCCACAGGGAUGGGUGGUGAAUGAUGCUCUAGGGCUCGCAGACUGUCUAAAUGUGAGGGUUCUUAAGGUGUUUGUGGAGUGCGAUCCGAGUGAUGCAAUUUUUAAAGGAUUUCGUAUGACCGAGGGUGGCUAUGAGCGUUUCUCAGCCGGCUUAUUGGAUGGGGUGCUAAAAGUGGUACCAGGAAUCAAGGUGGUUGAAUUUGACGCCUACAGCUCUGUGAAGAGGACCGGUGAUAUGAUGUCCGGACUGGAGAAUGUUGCGAAGAGGUUUGGCAAGAUUUUAGGUUGGGUUCCUGAGCGCGGAUGGGAGAAGGAGAGUGACCAGACCUGGUUGGAUGCCGUCUUGAUUCAUGGAGCUGGAAAACGACUUAGCAAAAGCGUCGUGAUUUUUGGUUGA